AUGGAUUAGGAUGCUUAAGCAUAAAUGAUCUAAAUAUACAAUAAACUUAAGGCGCAAUAUCAAAUUAACUCCAAACCACAAGAAAUGGCAAAGAGUUUAUUAAUUCUGCUGAAUUAAGUACAGUCAUUAGAAACAAGUUAAAUUCAGGAGGAUUAGUUUGAUUAAUGGCAUAGUCAUUUAUAAAUUGAAUUAAAUUUAAACAGUGAUAAUGAUGAUAAACAAAAGUAGCAUCCACAAUAAAUUAAUUUUUAAUAUUAAAUUUUUAUUAUCGAAAUGAUAAAAAACCUACAUAGGACUGUUAUUAUUAGAACAUCUAAUAGUCGCAAACAAUCAACUUCAUCUAAUGAUUCCGAUAGCACUUCAACAAAGUCAGAAAUUAAAUUUAAAUAACCAAUAUAUAUUUAACAGCCUCUUUAACCUUUGAAAGAGGUCAGCGAGCCUAAUACUCCAGAUACUUUGAAAAUUCCACAAAAUCAGAAGGUUUCAUCUAGAAAGUCGAGAUUCUAAAAGCCUGCAGUUGAGAUCAAAUAAGACAGCAGUUCCUCUUCGGACUCAAGUUCAGAUGCAUCAGAACAUAACAUUUGGAAUGAUGAUGAAAUACUAUUGAAGGGAGUUCAUCUAGGAGAAUUCUCAUAUUUAUCACCAACAGAUGAAUUGCAAAUGCUCUACAAAAUACGCUUUGAGACUUACCCAAAAAAAAAGGAGUAGAUCUCAGAGGAAUAGUUGGCAUUGGAAACAUAAAAAUUAAUCAAUAAGUUGAAACUUCAUUAUCUAAAAUAUAAGAAGAUCUUGCCUCUUGAGAAUCUCAAGGAUUAUACUUAGUAAUAUAAUAUUAAUGAUGAUUUGAAUUAUAUGAGAUUUUGGGACUAUUUCAGAGUUAGGACAAACCAUAGAAAACACAAAUAGGUUAUUUUGCCAACAAAAAACACCAAAGAAAAUAGGAGCCAAUAACCCUUAAAUCCAACAAUUCGAAGUCAAUAGCGAAUUAAAACUGAAUAUAGAAUUAAGAGUUUGAAUACAAGGAGAUUAUGAUAGAAUUGAUAAUAUAUACUUUAAUUAUUAGUAGACUUAUAUAAAUA